AUGGACACUCUGCAGGCGACUCGAGAGAGAGUGCGACUCGCGCUGAAAGGAGCACAGGUACGCCGGGGGGCGGGGAAAGGGGAAAAGGGGGGGGGGAGAAGGGGGGAGGAAAGGGCGAGUGGGAGGGGGUGGGCAAGGAAGAAGGGUACGCGGGAGGGCGCGUGGGGGUUAGGGGAUCAGGAGGGGGAGUGGAAGGGGGAGGGGGCCGCGGACGGGGGGAUGGGGGAAGGGGAGGGGGACGGGGUGGCAGCAGCAUCAAUUUACAAGGGCAUACCAGCAGCUGUGGACAAGGGUGGGGUGGGCGGUCCUGAUGUUAUCAUUAGCCCAUCUUCCCCCCUGCUCCCCUCUCUGUCUCUUCCCAUCGUGCCGAAACAAGCCCUUUCUAAACGAAGUCCCUUCCUUCACCCAGCUCGUGUGCAUAACAGCAGCUCGUGCGUCAUAACAGCAGCGUGGGAGGAAGGUGGCCCUGACACCAUCACUCACCCAUCCCUUCCCCCUGUUCCCCUUCCGCUCCGCCCCCUCUCCUCUCUCACCCCUGCUUCCCAAACCAAGCCCCUUCUAGAUGAGAGUCCUUCAUUCGCCCAGCUCGUGCGUGUGACAGCAGCGCGGGAGGAAGGUGGCACUGACGCCAACGAGAGCCCUUCAUUCACGCAACUCGUGCGCAUAACAGCAGCGGUGGAGGAAGGCGGGCCUGAG